AUUUUCUUUUACUUAACAGAUGUAGCUCCAUUUUACUUGUUGAAUAAUAAAAUUUCAAUGCAACAAAACAGUGAUUAAAGUGUUUAAAUUCAGAGUGACGAAAGUUUAAGGAUGGAUAAAUAUGCCAUCAGUAAUCUAGUGGGUGAAGGUUCCUUUGGAAAAGUAUACAAAGCUAUUGAUAAGCAAACCAAAACAACUGUAGCCUUGAAAAUAAUCAGCAAGAGAGGAAGAUCGGGUCGGGAGCUGAAAGGUCUACGCGGAGAAUGUGAAAUUCAACGAAAUUUACAACACCCGAACAUUAUUCGAAUGUUGGACUCAUUCGAAACGGAAAAUGAAAUAAUCGCCGUCACUGAGUUUGCCAAAACCGACCUACACAGCCUGCUCCGCGAUGGAUCUCUGGGCGAGCCGAAAACACAGAGGAUCACGUACGAUCUGGUAUCGGCUCUCUAUUAUCUUCACUCACAUCGUAUUCUGCAUAGGGAUUUGAAACCACAGAAUAUUCUAAUGGACAGAAACAUGACGGCAAAAUUGUGUGACUUUGGAUUCGCUCGAAACAUGACAAUGGGAACUCAUGUCCUGACAUCAAUCAAAGGAACGCCUCUUUACAUGGCUCCAGAGCUGUUGGAAGCAAAACCUUACGAUCAUCAUGCAGAUUUGUGGUCAUUGGGUUGUAUCAUUUAUGAAAUGCUCGCCGGAGAGCCACCCUUCAGUUCCACAUCCAUGAUCCAUUUGGUAAAACUUAUUCGCAACCAGUACAUUAAAUGGCCAAGUUUUCUGACUUCCAAUUGCAUUUCGUUCGUGCAAGGACUGCUGGAGCGAGAUACUAGCCAUCGGAUGUCGUGGACAAAGAUCAUCAACCAUCCAUUCGUAAAGGGGCACAUUGUAAUAUUAAAGGAAGACAUCCCAGAAUCACCUUUCACGAACCCCCUGACUGCUUCACAGAACAAUGAAAAGCGGAAGCAGACAAAUCGAAUUAUGUACGGAGAAAACUACGAAUACCUACAGUAUGGGUCGAAACGCACGCCAAAAGCCACGAAAGGAUCCAAUGAAGACGAUCUGGCAUCAUCGAGAGAUAGUAUGAACGUAAUAUUGCAAAGUGACAUUGAAUAUGUGGAAACGGAUGCAGAGGAGGCAGCAACGACAUCCAUACUCAGGAACAGUUUGCUCGAAAGUUAUAAGCUUCAAACAAAAGAGAAUGAUGGACUUAGACCAAUCAACCCAGAAGAUUUCACCGUCGAAUAUCACCACCCUUUGGGUGAAAAUGCCGAAAUCGUUCAAGACAAUCCAAAUCUCGUGAUGAACAAUUUCAACGAUAACUUUCCUCUGCUGGACAAAAAAGGACAGACAAUUAUUUCCACAGAUGAGUUAGCAAACAGACUGAAUAAUAUUGACCUGCAGAAUCAAUCGCUGAAAUUCAAAUCGCAGGAGCUUGAACGACGGAAGCUCAGUCAGAACAUUGACAAUUUCUCCAUCCGGUUAGAGCUGGAUAAGAAUGCUCAAGGCAUCACCAAAAAGUCCACGGAUGAACCACUUGAAACGGAAAAGAAACCGGAAAAAAUCACCCCCACUCUAUUGCCCGGUUGGGAUUCUUGCGAUGAGUCCCAAAAUCCUCCGAUUGAGAACGAAGAGUGGUUAGUGUUCCUGCAGAAAUCUAUGCAAGAAAUUCUGGAUGGCGAAUUGGAUUCGCUGAAACAACAAAAUUUUGUCAGCAUAAUCGUUGCCCCACUCAGAAACUGUCGAGCCAGCGCCAAAGUGAUUGAAAACGUUGCCCACCUGUUGAGUUUACCCCUUGCAAUUGAUGCGCCUCCUGCCAUAAUGCAUGACAUAUUAAGCGUCUACGCAGAGCUGAAAUUAGUUCCUAAUCUGGUGUACGCCUCCAAGUUGCUGUGCAAUAAGAAACUGAGCACGUCGAACAGCGAAAGCCAUUCGUCGCCCAUUCCGUUGACCACAUCGAACACUUCGAUUCGGCAGCUUUCCUCCCUGGAUUGCGAUGAAGUCAAGACUCUGACGGCCGUGUAUGAUUUGAUUUGCUAUCUGGUUCACUCGGGGGAGAACUUUUUGAAACAGUUUUGCGAUGCCAUUGAAAUCCUCGGAGUGAAGGAGCUGUUUGUGAACUUUAUCAAUGCCAUCCGAACGAAUGAGGACUACGUACGGCUGAGCUGUGCGAUCCUAGCCGUACUGAAUUGUGCCUUGCGUGAACUGCCGGAGAACGCGGAGAUCAUCGAGCAGAUUGUUUUUCACGAGAAUGUCAACCUGAUACAGAUGCUGAGGCACAGGGAUUCAAUGUUGAGACAUAGGACGUGCAUGCUGUUGAGGAUAUUGGCGCGGUUCAGUUGUUUGGCGCUGCAAAAACAUUGGAACAGUGAAAUCAAAGAAUCGUUGGAAUCUCUUCUUGACGAUCAGGAUGUAGAUAUUAAUGCGGAGGCGAAAUGUGCAUUGGAUGAGUUCAAAUAUCUUUCCUUCAUAACUGCAGAUACUGCUGAGACAUGUUGAGUAAACUUGGUAAAAUGUCUACUGC